AUGGCGGAAUCAAAGACAAAACUUGCAGAAGUCAGGGAAUGGAUCGUAGAGCACAAGCUUCGUACCGUUGGUUGUUUAUGGCUUAGUGGUAUCUCUGGAUCAAUCGCCUACAACUGGUCGAAACCUGGUAUGAAAACCAGUGUCAGAAUCAUCCACGCCAGGUUGCACGCACAGGCGCUGACGUUAGCCGCUCUAGCUGGAGCAGCCGCAGUGGACCUGAAUUACAAGAGCACCUUUAAAAGCCUAAUAAAAACCCUAAACGCAUUUUCUUCUUCUGCCUUUCAAGAUCGGAAGACGCCGCUCGUCGCUUCUUACAGUUCCAUCUUCGACGAUUUACAGAGAAGAGAGCUGAAAAUGAGUCGAGGAAGUGCAGCUGCUCCAAAGGGGAAGAAGAAGGGAGUCUCCUUCACCAUUGAUUGCUCGAAGCCUGUGGAUGACAAGAUCAUGGAGAUUGCUUCGUUAGAGAAGUUUCUUCAAGAGAGGAUCAAGGUUGGUGGCAAAGCAGGAGCCCUCGGUGAUUCCGUCUCCAUCACUCGUGAGAAAAGCAAGAUCACCGUCACUGCUGAUGCCAAUUUCUCCAAGAGGUAUCUAAAGUAUUUGACGAAGAAGUACUUGAAGAAGCACAAUGUGAGGGAUUGGCUCAGAGUGAUUGCAGCCAACAAGGACCGUAACCUCUAUGAGCUUAGGUACUUCAACAUUGCCGAGAACGAAGCUGAGGAAGAAGAUUAA